AUGUCGGCCUCCCCACUGGCCUUCACGCCUGGUCGGGGAGGCGAUCGCAGUGAGUCCAGACUGGAGUCGGCAGGGAAGGCCCGGCGGGCAGCGAGAGCGGACUAUUCCGGAGGGGUGGCAACGGCUGUGAAUAGGAGAGAACAGCUGCAGCGGCUCGAGAGGAUGUAUAAUAGCACAGAGAAGGAACGACGGCUGAAGGCCAUGCGG